AUGCUCCCAUACGACCAAGCAUCUCACAUAGCCUCUGCUGAGGAAGCCCUAUUCACUGCAUUCUCGUGGUGGAGCGCCCUGAAGCACAAGAAAAAAUGCGAGCUCAAUCAUUCUUCAUCCUCCCUGUGGGAUCUAUCCCCGAACUCUGGUCUACUCUGUCCCCCUGAAAUGAAUGUAUCCACCUACACACUCAGUUUUAACGGUAGCAUCUACCGCGUGGAUGAAACCAUCGGUAUAUCUGCCCCGGAUCAGCAUUCUACGUUCCACAAAUCGUUUGCUCGCCGAUUUCUCACCGGGAUUAAACGCAGUCUCAGCUUGCAUCACAUCCAUCACACAAGUUCACGCGGAGAUCCCCCUCGUCAAUUGAGCGUCGAGCAGUUGAACCAAACUGAUACUGUUAGGCGUGUUCUGGUCCAACGACGUGGAUCUCGCACAGCCCGUCUGCUUCAAUGUGUUCGGCCAUCCGUGACCGGGGACCAUCAAGCAAGCACAGUGGAUAGACUUAAACCUGGACCGCGGCAGAUUCCCAUUGAUCAAAUGCAUCAGUUGCGUUCACAUUUAGUCUUGCACACGUGUUUUUUAGACCCCCAAAAAUUUAUGGCCCCGCAACAGAUCCGAAAACUCCGUGGACUUUAUGUCGUCAUACAGCCUCCUUUCCGAACUCCUUCGAUGUCGGUUCAUGCCAUUCCUCCAAUGAUCGCCUAG